GAAGAGCAAGACGCCCAAGUCGCCCAAGUCGCCGACGAGCGCGGAGACGCCCAUCGCGGAGGAGGAGAGCGGCGAGCUGGUGGAGGGGCCUCUGGGCACGACGGACAUGCAGAUCCCGCUGUUGAAGAUCGAGCAGAUCAUGGAGUCGGGCCCGCGCUCGCUGUGCAUGACGCUGAAAGACAAGAUGGUGGUGAACAUGUUCUUUAGCAGCUCCAAAGGAAUGGACGGGUUUGUGCAGGAGACGCGCCGCUACGGCUCGCCGACGCGCAGCGACGAAGUGUUCGCGUUCAGACCGGAAGCUUCGAAGCUGAUCCCGCAAGGCGAGCUGAACGGAUGGACGCUGUACGACGCGGCGCUGGACUACGACCGCGUGGGACUACUGAACUGCCCGAAGCUGCGGCUGUACGUGCAGGGCUACGACACCAACCCGACGUACCCGUCGCGCUUCCUGAUCCCCGCGGACUUCUCGGACGAGGACUUCCAGGUGAUCUGCAAGUACCGCAGCAAGGCGCGCGUGCCGGUGCCGGUGUGGCGCCACCCGACGACGAACGCAGUGCUGUGCCGGUCUGCGCAGCCGAUGGUGGGACUGAAGCUGAAGCGAUCGAGCAUGGACGAGAAGCUGAUCCGGAAGCUGAUGAGCUGCUGCGGCGCGUCGGCGAAGCGGUACUACUUCGUGGACGCGCGUAGCUACAUCGCGGCGAUGGGGAACCAGAGCAUGGGAAAGGGAACGGAGAACCCCGCGAACUACCCGGGGUCGGAGAUCUUCUUCAUGAACAUCGCGAACAUCCACGCGGCGCGCGAGAGCAUGCAGAAGAUGAGCGAUCUGUUCAACCCCGACGUCUAUAAGGGCGACGACGACAACUUCUUCCGCAUGCUGGCGGACGCCAAGUGGUACGAGCAGGUGCGCACGAUCCUGUGCGCCAUCGCGCGGUCGGUGGAGAUGCUGGAGGACAACGGCUGCUCGAUCCUGUCGCACUGCAGCGACGGCUGGGACCGCACCGCGCAGAUGGUCGCGGGCACGGAGCUCAUGCUCGACCCCUACUAUCGCACCUUGGUCGGGUUCGAGAUCCUCAUCGAGAAGGAGUGGUGCUCCUUCGGCCAUCAGUUCCGACGCCGAUUCGGACAGGACAACACCAAUGCCAAUGAUGAUCAGCGGUCACCCGUGUUCAUCCUGUGGCUGGACUGCGUAUACCAGGCCAUGCAGCAGUUCCCCACCGCGUUCGAGUUCAACGAGGACCUGCUGCUCUGCAUUAACGAGCAUGUGUACUCCGGAAGAUUCGGCACGUUCCUGUUCGACUGCGAGGCGAAGCGGUUUGAGUUCCAGGCGAAGGAACGCACGGUCUCGCUCUGGUCGUACAUUAACGACCCUUCGCGAAUUGAGUCGUUUAAGAACCCGAACUAUGUGCGCUGCGAGACCUCGUUGCGAUUGGACUCCACGUCGAAGCACUUGCGCAUCUGGAGAAAUAUGUGGGAUCGAUACGACCCGUCUGUGACGCCAAAGAAAGAGAGAAAGUAUUACUGCUGGAGUGUUUGUUUGAGCACACGUGGAGGAGAUGGGGAGGGGAUUUUAGCGAGAAAGAUUGUUGAUGGAAUAACCGCGGUUGGGCAAAUCAUGAAUUUGGGAAAGAUUAGAAAUCUCCUUUUGGACUGGUAG